ACGUCUCUGCGAGCCGUUCCGGAGCGAGCCGCCAUGGUCUUCGAGGCCCUGCUCAGCGACACGCUGAACAGGUUCAUCGGGGACUAUGUGGAGAACCUGGACAAGUCCCAGCUGAAGAUCGGGAUCUGGGGAGGAAAUGUUGUCCUGGAGAACCUGAAGGUGAAAGAAAAUGCUCUGAGCGAGUUUGAUAUUCCCUUCAAGGUGAAGGCUGGUCAGAUCGCGAAGCUGACACUGAAGAUCCCGUGGAAGAACCUCUACAAUGAAGCGGUGGUUGCCUCCAUGGAUGGGCUGUACCUGCUGGUGGUUCCUGGAGCCACUGUCAAGUACGAUGCAUCGAAGGAGGAGCGUUACCAGCAGGAGGCAAAGCAUAAGGAGUUGCAGCGCAUCGAGGAGGUCCUGCAGAUGGCCGCCAGCAGAACGUCAAACACUGGAGAUUUGCUGUUCAAUCUGGAAAGUGUUGUUUACAAGGAGCCCUGCAAGGUCCAAAAAGGACAUAAAAAACUCAAAAAGCAUAAAAAAGGUUUGAAGAAGUUGAAACGCCGUGAAACCAAAGCAGACAACCCUAAGGCAGAGAAGAAGGACACUUUCGUGGAAAAACUGGCCACUCAAGUGAUUAAAAACCUGCAGGUGAAGAUCAGCAGCAUCCACCUGCGCUAUGAAGAUGACCUGUCAGACCCACAGCGGCCCCUGUCCAUAGGAGUCACCCUGUCCGAGCUGAGCCUGCAAACUACAGAUGAAAACUGGAAGUCUUGCAUCUUAAAUGAAGCAGCAAAGAUCAUCUACAAGCUCGGUCGUUUGGAGUGUCUUUGUGCCUACUGGAACGUCAAAAGUCCCAUGUUCUAUAAAGGAUCAUGGGAAGACAUUGUGGACAAGCUGAAGGGUGGGAUCAGCACUAAAGAGCAAGAGUUACCUCAUUAUCAGUACAUCUUCAGGCCAGUUUUUGCCUUUGCUAAGAUAUGCAUCAACCCGAACGCCGAGCUGGAGUUGAGCUCCCCAAAGGUCAAUCUUCACUUAGAGGUCCAGAACAUUGCUCUAGAAAUGACAAAGCCACAGUACCUGAACAUGGUGGAGCUGCUGGAGUCCAUCGACCGCAUGGUGAAGAACGCUCCUUACAGGAUGUUCAGACCUGAGGUCCCUGUUCUGAAGAAUGCCAGGACUUGGUGGAAGUACAGCAUCAACAGCAUCAUGGAGGUUCACAUUCGGCGCGUCAGUCGCAUGUGGGCGUGGUCAAGCAUCCACGGCCAUCGCAGGAACCUGAAGGCCUACAAAACUGCUUACAAGACCAAACUCUUAGCCCAAAGCAAGACAGGCCCAGACACUGAGCGGCAAAUCCAGGAUCUUGAAAAGGUUCUAGAUGUGUUUAACAUCACCUUGGCCCGGCAGCAAGCGCAGAUGGAGGUGAUCCGAUCCGGACAGAAAUUAGCUGCGAAGAAGGCCGCAGGCCAGAAACAGGGUGGUGGAUUCUUUAGUGGCUGGUUUGGAAGGAAAACAAAGAAGGAAGAUCAGGAGCUUGAGGAGAACCAGGAUGAGGAGAGUUCAGGGCUGGACCAGCUGAUGACACCCGAGGAGAAAGAGAAACUCUACACAGCUAUCGGCUACAGUGGAAGCUCCCACAAUCUGUCUUUGCCCAGACAGUACGUAGCCGUGGUCGUCACCUUCCAGCUGCUCAGGACUUCGCUCAUACUGAGAGAGCAACAUGGGAUCCCAGAGAUCAUCAAAGUCCAGAUGAUCAACCUCAGCACCAAAGUGUCUCAGAGGCCUGGAGCCCAGGCUUUCAGGGUGGAGAUGGCGCUGGAGCACUGGUAUGUGACAGGCCUGCAGCAACAUGGCGAGGUGCCCUCUCUCAUUGCCUCAGUGGGGGACUCCUCCUCUUCUCUGCUGAGUGUAGUGUUUGAGCUGAACCCUGAGGAGAGCACAGGCGACCAGCUGCUCAGAGUGCACUCUCAGCCUGUAGAGAUCAUCUAUGAUGCGUUGACAGUCAACAGCAUGGUGGACUUCUUUAAGACAGAGAAAGGUGUGGACCUGGAAGUCCUGACCUCUGCAACGCUGUCCAAACUGGAGGAGAUCAAGGAGAAAACUGCAGCAGGUUUGUCCCACAUCAUAGAAACCCGAAAAGUCCUGGACCUGAUGAUUGACCUGAAACCAUCCUACCUGCUAUUACCAAAGUCGGGCUUCUACAGCGCCACCGCUGACCUUGUGGUUGUGGACUUUGGUAACUUCCAGCUGCACAGCGUGGAGCAGAGAACCCCCCCCUCGUCUUCUGCUUCCUUCUCGUCUCUGGAGGACAUCAUGGAUCGAGCCUACGACAGAUACAAGGUGCAGCUCAGGAGGGUUCAGGUGCUGUACAGCAAGUCAGGUGUGGCCUGGAAGUCGGCUCGUCUCCAGAGCUCGUCAGUGCAGCACAUUCUCCAUCCCAUGGACAUCAGUCUCCAGCUGGACAAGUGCAUGGUGGAGAAGGAUGUGAGGAUGCCCAGCUUUAAGGUGUCGGGCGAGCUGCCGCUGCUGCAUGUUCGGAUCUCAGACCAAAAGAUCCUGAGUGUUGUGGAGCUGAUCAACAGCAUUCCUUUGCCACACACGACCUCUUCUGCUGUCCAGCCAGCAGGGAAGGCAAAGUCUUUGGUUGAUGCCAGACCACGGGGGCUCAGCUUAGACUCCACCCUUCUUGAGGCAAUAGAAACAGACUCAGAUGGAGAUGUAAGUGAGAGAUCGACCGAUGAAGACCACCAGAGCUCUACUCUGGAGGAGCUCACCACGGUCUCCUUCAAGUUCGAAGUGGGAGAGGUGCUGGUGGAGCUGAGCCGGCAGAUGGACCAGGAGAAGGUCAUCCUGUCCUUCAGUGUCAGCCAGCUGGGGGCUGCAGGGAAGAUGCGGCCCUUCGAUCUGAGUGUCACGUCUUACCUGCGUAGAGUCCAGCUGGACUUUUGUGACGUUCCAGGUCUCCCUCUGCACCUGAUCAGCUCCUCUGAGCUUCAGGGCUCCAACCUGCUGAAGGUGGAGUUUACCAAGGCCGACCCAAGUGGGCCCAGCUUUCAGAGCCUGUUCAGCAGCACAGAGCAGAUGCUGAAGGUGGAAUUCUCUUCUCUGGAUUUCCUGCUUCACACAAAGGCUCUGCUGUCCACCAUUAAUUACCUGAACCAGGUUGUUCCACCCGGGCUCAGAACCCCCAGAGACCAGGAAGCAGCAGAGCAGCUGGGGAUCUCUGGUCAGACAUCGGCAGUGGCCAGAAGAGUGAAAGACAGCAGCGUCUUCAGCUUCAAGCUCUUCGCCGUCUUAGGCUGCUUCCACGUGGAGGUGUGCGACGACUGCCGCAGCAUCGCCGACAUCCGGGUUCAAGGGAUUGAUGCGUCCGUGUUCGUGCAGGCCGCUCAGACCCAGGUCUUCACCAGACUCCAAGAUAUUGUGGUCACAGAUUCAGACCCCACGAGCAUCCACAGAAAGGUGGUGUCCCUCGUGAGUGAGGAGGUGUUCAGCUUCAGACUCUCCCUGUACCCAGGAGCAGUGGAGGGGGAGGGCUACAGAGACAUGUCCAAGGUGGAUGGAAGGGUGUCCAUGCGUCUGGGCUGCAUACAGAUUGUGUACCUGCACAAGUUCCUGAUGUCUCUGCUGGCGUCUUUUAGCUUUCAGCAUCUGUCUGCUAAUGAGACAUUUGUCGACAACUUCCAGACAGCCAAAGAAGCUCUGAGCGCCGCCACGGCCCAGGCUGCAGAGAAGGCAGCGUCCAGCGUUCGGGACUUUGCCCAGAAGAGCUUCCGUCUGUCCAUGGACAUCCAGCUGAAGGCGCCACUCAUCAUCAUCCCUCAGUCCUCAAAGUCUCAGAAUGCCAUGGUGGUGGAUCUGGGGCUGAUCACGGUGGCAAACGCCUUCACCCUGCUGCCAGACCAAGGCCUGCCUGUGCCGGCUGUGGUGGAGAAGAUGGAUGUUCAGCUGACACAGCUGAAACUCUGCAGAACCACGAGGACUGAAUGCUUCCAGCCGGACAUUGAAAUUCUUCAGCCCAUCAACGUCAAGUUGUUGGUUACCAGAAAUCUGUCGGCGUCCUGGUUCACAAAAAUCCCCCGAGUGUCGGUCCAGGGCGGACUCCAGAAGCUCCACGUACACCUGGGGGAGGAAGACCUCAGUGUGCUGAUGAAGAUUCUGGUCGAGAAUAUUGGGGAGGGAAACCACGCCCACGACUUGGCUAUGAGCAAGCAGGGGGGGCCAGAGAAGGCGGAGCUUACUCCGCAUUUGGAGGUGAUGACAUCAGAGUCAGGGGGUGACGCCAUGGCUGUCAGUGAAGAAUCAAUGGAAAAUGCUGUCAAUGUCCUGCUUGAGUUUGGGAUCAAGGAGGUGGUGUUGACCCUAAAAAGGCUCAAGAUGCAGGAGGAUGUGCCCUUCCUCGUCUUCCAGCUCGCUCAGCUGGGCAUCAACACCAGCGUCCACAAACAUGACAUGUGCGCCACGGCGUUCAUCCACAAAGUGUCCUUAAAGUGCCUGGAGUUUCCAGACUCGAGUGGGGAGCCGCUGUGUCUCAUCAGCUCCUCAGCAGAGUCUGGAGCUGAGCUGCUCAAAGUGCAGUACUGCAAGGCCGAUCGCACUGGACCGAACUUCUCCACCAUCUUCAGAAACACAGAGCAGUCCAUCAACGUAACCUUCACUUCCCUGGAUGUGAGGCUUCACACCGAGGCUCUUCUGUCCAGCAUCAGCUUUCUGUCCACAGCACUGGCAUUAGGCACCACCUCAUCUUCAGAGAAGGACAAUGCGCAGAAGGCAGAGGACAAAGCGCCGUCUGCUAAAUCCACUGCCAUGGUCUCAUCUGCAGACAGCCAGGUUGUAAACCUGGAGGUGGGGAUGUCUCUGGGAGCUUUCAACAUCCGGGUUUGUGACCAGACCUGCACCAUGGCUGACAUUAAAAUCCGAGGUAUGAAUGGCACUUUGUCGAGGCAGGGAGCGCAGACAAAUAUAUCUGCCCGCCUGCAGGACGUGGUCGUCCUGGAUGCUGAUCCCCAAAGCAUCCACCAGAAGCCGUUGGAGCAGCAGCACCAGCAGGAACGCAGACUCGGGGAGCUUACGCUCCACCUGCUACGAGUUUCAGGUAACAUCCAAUCUAACAGGAACCUGGAGGUCAGCAUCAUUUUGACCAACUGCACGCUGGACGACCUCAGGGCCGGCAUGGAAAGGGUCACUACAAGGAUGGUUCGACGGAGACAAGAGGACAUCUCAGAGCCCAUGAUUGACGUGACGUACCGGCAGGCUCCAGCAGAGAAGGAGCUGGUGCUCAUCCUCCAGAAGCUGUACCUGUGUGCCAGCGUGGAGUUCCUGAUGGCUGUCACUGAUUUCUUCCUUCAAGCUUUGCCCCAAACGUCCUCAUCCGCCUCACCCAAUAGACAACCAGUGAAGCAAACCACUGAACAGAAAGUGGAAACCAAGACAGCCUCGGCGGCGAGGACUCGGGUGCAGGUGGUGAUCCUGGACCCAGAGGUGGUUUUUGUGGCCAGUCUGAUGAAAGCUGACACCCCCGCCCUAGUGGUGUCUUUCCAGAGUGACUUUAGUCUGCAGGUGGAGGACAACACCCAGAGUGUCCGAGCCAGUCUGAGUGGACUGAAGGUUCUGGCCUGCCCAUUUAUUCCAAACCAGCAGGAUAAAGCCAUCACCACUGUGCUGAGGCCCUGCUCUGUCAUCAUGGAAACCAAAACACACCCCAACGGGCCACUGCUAGGCUCUGUGAGAGUGGAGGAAAUCAUCAUCAAGAUCUCUCCAGUCAUCCUCAACACUGUGAUGACCAUAACCGCUGCCAUGACGGCAAAGCCACGAGUUGCUCAGGGUCAGGACCUGAAACCUGCUGUCACCGACCUGUGGGCUGCCAGGAACAUCUACAACUGUGACUUCUGGUUUCUCGGGGUGGAGCACGCCACUGAAAUGACGGAGAGCUUCAGAGAGCUGGAUGCAAGUAAAGAUGGAGAGAGUUUCACCGCACAUGUCAAGACCAUCCAGGUGACUCUGGAAUCGGGUUUGGGUCACCAGACUGUCCCCCUGCUGCUGGCUGAGUCCUCCUUCAACGGACUGGCCAGAAACUGGUCGUCUCUGCUGCACCUGAAGGCUGACAUGACACUGGAGGUUAACUACUUUAACGAAGUCCAUGCUGUGUGGGAGCCUCUGAUUGAACGAGUCAGCGGUGGGCAGCGCAGGUGGAACCUGGAGAUGGAGGUGAAGAACCACCCAACAAUGGACAAAAGUCCCGUUCAUGGAGAUGACUUCACAAUUGUUCCUGAGCCACGCACCUUCAUCAGUAUCUGUUCCAAAGACACCAUGAACAUCACCAUCUCCAAGUGCAGCAUCAGCGUCUUCCAGAACCUGGCCAAGGCAUUUUCAGAGGGCACCUCCUCCACCUUUGACUUCACUAUGAAGGAGAAGGCCUCCUUCACCAUCAAGAAUGCUCUUGGGAUCCCUCUUAUAGUUCAGCAUGGCGCCAACUUGAGGGCAAUGGGAUCCUCUGUGCAGGGGAAGCUUCACGAGCUGCCGGUGGAUCAGAGCAUGGACCUGGAGCACACCAGAAUCCAGAUGUCCUCCAGAGGCAAACUGUCAGCUUUGCAGCGGCAGGAGAGCUCCCUGUUCAGCCUCACGAUUGUGCCUUCUGGGUACAGCGAAAUCUCCAACAUCUCGCUGGACAAACCCGGUCGCCGUCUCUGCAACAUCCGCGGUCCGAUGCUGCAGGAAGCAGUGUCUGUUCUGCUGCAGAUCCAGGCUGCAGACGGCAACAAGGUCAUGACUGUCCGUGCGCCACUGCAGAUAAAGAACCAUUUUUCUGUCCCGUUCACCAUCUUGAAGUACUGUCAGACUUCCAGGAGUCUACAGAGCAUUGGGCUUGUCAAACCAGAGGAAGACUUUGACGUCACCUUGGAAGCGUACAGGUGCCAGCUGUUUGUGUGCCCUGCGGGUCUCCUGGAAGGACAAUACAAUCCAUCCACUACUUGUGUGGCCUGGAAGGAGCAGGUGCACCACAGCACAGAGGUGCACUCACUGCUGCAAUGUCCAGCAAACAGCAAUGGCGUUCUGCCUUUGAUGGUUAGCACGUUAGCCACCCCAGACGACCUGCAGCACAUCGCCAAUCAUGGGGAGGAGGACUGGGAUCCGGCUUACGUCAUCCAUCUGCAUCCUGUGGCUACACUUCGAAACCUCCUGCCCUACAUGGUCUGCUAUAUGAUGGAGAACUCGGCUGACAGCUAUAAUCUGCCAGAAGGCAGCAUCUCCGACCUGCUCAAUGCUCGCCUGUCAGGGGAACUGGUGUCGUUGGCGCUCGUCAAGUAUCAAGGCCGUGACUGGCACGGACACUUCCGGAUUCAGCAGGAAAUGCCCGAGUUCUUCGAUGUGUGUCUGACCUGUGAGUCCACGACUGAUGUAACGGUGGAUGUAAGCCUGCAUGUGAGGAGGACAGCAAACCGCCUCGUGCUGUCGCUCUUCAGUCCAUACUGGAUCAUCAACAAGACGUCUCGCGUGCUGCAGUACCGAGCAGAGAACAUCACCGUCAAACACCCGGCUGACUACAGAGACGUCAUCCUGUUCUCCUUCAGGAGGAAGAAGCUGUUCACUGAAAACCAGGUGCAGCUGUGCAUCUCCACCAGCUCCUGGUCUGAAGGCUUUUCUCUGGACACGGUGGGAAGUUACGGCUGCGUCCGCUGCCCGUCCACUAACAUGGACUUCUUGAUUGGCGUGAGCAUCCAGAUGAGCAGUUUUAAUUUGACUCGAAUCGUGACCAUGAGUCCCUACUAUACUCUGGUCAACAAGUCAUCGUAUGAGCUGGAGGUGGGAGAAGUGGUUAAUGCCAACUCCACCAAAUGGCACUACAUUUCCUCCACUGAGUGUCUCCCUCUGUGGCCUGAGACGGCCUCAGGAAAGCUGUGUGUGCGCGUGGUCGGCUCCGAGUCGAGCUCGGAGUGCUUCUUCUUCCAUCGGGAGGACCGCGGCACGUUGCUGAAGCUGGAUGUGUGCGGCGGUAUCAUCCUGAGUGUGAACAGCUCCAAUCAUUCCACCGUCAUCAGCUUCAGUGAAUAUUAUGAAGGAGCCGCUCCAGCCCUGCUGGUGAACCACACAGCCUGGGUGACCAUCAUCUACAGCCAGAGUGGCUCAACGAUGCUCCAUGAGCUGAAACCCAGUGAAGCCUGCAGGUUUGUGUGGGAUGACCCAACAAGACCCCGAAUGUUGCGGUGGAGCUACAUGGAGCACUCGGGAGAGCUUAACCUGUUGAAGGAUGAAAUGGGGCAGUUCUUCUAUGACAACAAGUCUCAAGUUCACUGGAUUUCCUUCCUUGAUGGUCGCCAGCGAGUUCUGCUGUUCACAGAAGACACUGCAGUGGUGACCAAGGCUCGGCAGGCGGAGGAGCUCGAACAGUUCCAGCAGGAAGUCCGAUUGUCCCUGCAAAGCCUUGGACUGUCACUGGUCAACAACAGCUCUCGACAUGAAAUUGCUUACAUCGGCAUUAACAAUUCAGGUGUGGUUUGGGAAAUGAAGCCAAAGAAUCGCUGGAAGCCCUUUUGCCAGAAAAACAUCGACCUUCUGGAGAAAGCCUACCAGAGUCGGCUGAGCAGCACGGAGGAGGGGGGCUGGACCAAGCUAGAAACCAACGUGGAGGUGAACUUUAGCAGAUCCAGCAUGAUGAUGCGCAAGCCUUACUCCUGUCCAAUAAGGAGGACGUUCCAGCCCGGCAUCUACAUGGAGUUGAAGCAGUCGCUGCACCAGCGGAGCCUCAGAGCUCAACUAUAUUGGCUACAAGUGGACAACCAGCUUCCUGGAGCCAUUUUCCCCAUCGUCUUCCAUCCAGUUCCUCCUCCAAAAUCUUUGGUUCAGGACUCAGAACCAAAGCCGUUCUUUGAUGUUUCAGUCAUCACCAGGUUCAACCAGCACAGCAAAGUCAUGCAGUUCAAAUAUUUCAUGGCUCUGGUUCAGGAGAUGGCAGUGAAACUGGAUCAAGGUUUCCUGGGGGCCACCUUGGCUCUCUUCACACCAGCUGUUGACUCCCAAGCAGAAAGGCAAAAGAGUGGGCUAAUAGAGACAGAUCUGCAGGGGCUGCAGGCUGAGCUCAUGGAGGCUUCGCUGUCUGGAACCUCAGGCCUCAAUUUCUUUGAGUAUUUCCACAUCUCACCCAUCAAGCUCCACCUCAGCCUGUCUCUGGACUCCAGCAGCAACAGUUUGGCUCAGGAAACUGCAGCUCUCCAGUCCCUUAACCUGCUGCUCAAGAGCAUCGGCGCCACAUUGACUGAUGUGGAUGACGUCGUCUUCAAACUGGCCUUCUUCGAGGUGAAGUACCAGUUCUACCGCAGAGAGGAGCUGAUAAAGGAGGCAGCUGGACACUAUGGUGAACAGUUCCUGAAGCAGAUGUAUGUUCUGGUCCUGGGUCUGGAUGUUCUGGGAAAUCCGUUUGGUCUGAUCCGAGGUCUGUCUGAAGGAGUGGAGGCUUUCUUCUAUGAGCCGUUCCAGGGAGCAGUUCAGGGUCCAGAGGAGUUUGCUGAAGGCUUCGCGAUUGGGGUUCGCAGCUUGUUGGGUCACACUGUUGGUGGUGCUGCAGGUAUGGUCUCCAAGAUCACCGGCUCCAUGGGUAAAGGCUUGGCAGCCAUCACCAUGGAUAAAGAGUUCCAACAGAAACGCAGAGAGGAGAUGAACCGACAGCCCAAAGACUUCUCAGACAGUCUGGCCAAAGGAGGGAAAGGGCUUUUGAAGGGCGUGGUCGGAGGGGUUACAGGCAUCGUCACAAAGCCUGUAGAAGGAGCUAAGAAGGAUGGGGCAGCUGGAUUUUUCAAGGGCAUUGGUCAGGGUUUGGUGGGGAUAGUUGCCAGACCAACAGGUGGAUUGGUGGAUAUGGCCAGCAGCACCUUCCAAGGCAUCCAGAGAGCAGCCGAGGCGACGGAGGAGGUGACCAGACUUCGACCUCCGCGUCUGAUCAAAGAGGACGGCAUCAUUCGACCCUAUGACCUGACGGAGUCGCAGGGUUUUGACCUCUUCCAGCGCUCACAGAUCAAGCUGCUGGACGGAGAGUUGUUCAGAGAACACUGUCGCUAUCCGGGACAUUCCAGAACCAACAUCAUCGUCACCAACAGGAGGGUUUUGUGUGUGAAGGAGAGCGACUUCAUGAGUCAGUUCAUAAAAGAGUGGGAAUAUUUAUUUGAGAACUUCUAUCGUCCUCCUGCUGCCAUCGGAUCAGAGCUGAAGAUUUACUACAAGGAGCAGCACAAGCUGAAACUUCCAAAGAAGGACAACCAGGAGUGUGUGAAGACUCUGCAGCUGAAAGAUUCAAGCAUUGCACAGAAGCUGGUUGCAGCCAUAUGUGACGCUCAGGUGGACCAGCUGCAGCAGCGCAUGGUGAGGCAGAAGUCCCAGCGGUUUCUGAGAGCCAGCACCAAGCGCUGAGCUUUCAGACUGCCAGAUGAGGGGAGGGGCUUACCUGAAAUGUUGCUCUUUCUGCACAUGUCCAAUGACCUGCUCAGUUCAUGUUCAAUUGACUUGCAGCAAUAUUACAAAGCUUUGACCAUGUGGUUGUCUAGUCUUCCUUUUCUUUUUGGGGGGGGGGAGAGGGGGGGUGUAAUAAGAUUCUUUACCAAAGCUCAAAAAUGUUGCUCUGUGAAAUUGUUUCUUGAUUAACAAAUCUUUUUAAAGAAGGAAAAGUCUGACAAUCAUGGUUUGAAUAAUGAAUUGUUACAUCUUUUAUAUUCGAUCAUCCUGCUGGGUGAAGGGGGGCAUGUAGGACUGCUCUUAAGGCAGGUCGUACAUGUCAAACCUGUUGCACUAACAAAUCUCAGGAGUAACUUCUGUUUUCUAAACAAAUCUCAUCUGUAAUGCCUUUUCAGUUAAAGAAUCAAAAACUUCUACCACUCUGUUCAAUGUAUCGCACAGUAAAACUGAAAUAAAAACGAGCUGAAGACAAAGGAAA